GCGGGAUCUGCCCACACUGGGCGGGGCCUUCGCCCUUGGGGCGGGGUCUGUCCGUCCUUGCACAUUACCGGUCUCUCAAAGGCGCGCUAGAGUCUGAGGCAGGCAGCUGGGUGCAGCUGAGGCACCGGGAGACACCAACCUCGGAGACAAGCCACGGAUGGCACCAUGUCACUCGGUAUCAAAGAGCACCCUGAUGCUGAGGUACAAAAGAACCGGGUACUAACCCUGGACGACUGGCAAGACAAGUGGGUGACCCGUCACAUCGCAUUCCAUCAGGAGCAAGGGCAUCAGCUAUUAAAGAAGCAUUUCGAUACAUUUCUUAAAGGGCAGAGUGGACUGAGAGUGUUUUUCCCGCUCUGUGGAAAAGCCAUUGAGAUGAAAUGGUUCGCAGACCGGGGCCACACUGUAGUUGGUGUAGAAAUCAGUGAAAUUGGGAUUCGGGAAUUUUUCGCAGAACAGAAUCUGUCAUACACAGAAGAACCGCUCACCGAAAUUGCUGGUGCCAAAGUGUUUAAGAGUUCUUCCGGGAACAUUUCCUUAUACUGUUGCAGCAUUUUCGACCUUCCCAGAGCAAACAUCGGCAAGUUUGACAGGAUUUGGGAUAGAGGAGCAUUGGUGGCUGUCAAUCCGGGCGAUCGUGACCGCUAUGCAGAUAUAAUACUGUCCCUACUGAGAAAAGGGUAUCACUACCUCCUGGUUGUCCUUUCUUAUGAUCCAACAAAACACACAGGCCCGCCAUUUUAUGUUCCAGAUGCUGAACUUAAAAAGUUAUUUGGUACAAAGUGCAACAUGCAAUGCCUUGAGGAGGUGGAUGCUCUUGAAGAAAGGCAUAAAACCUGGGGAGUCGACUACUUUUUCGAAAAAUUGUAUCUCCUUACAGAGAAGUAGGAAAAAAAAAAAAACAAAACAAAAAAAAAAAAAACCAGCCCAGUACUGGAGCACACCUUUUAUCCCAGCAGGCCAGCCUGGUCUACAGAGUGAGUUCCAAGACAGCCAGGAUACACAGAGAAACCUUGUCUAGAAAAACCAAAUAGAAAACCAACCAACCAACUUAACCAAAAAACACCCAGUCAAUCCCUGUAAGAGUUUCUGAACGAUUAAAAAUUCUGUUGAAGGUUAA